AGCCAAUCGUUACGCUGCUAAGUGUGACGCAUCCUCCCAUCAGCUGUUUUUGUUUUUCUCCGAGAACACUGGAAGUUAAAUAGCAGCAUAAUAACAGGAUUCCUGACUGGCUACGGCGAAACAUCUUAUUCGGGAGGUGACAGCGUUGAUUUUUGAUCUUGUUUCGGUUCAGCAGAACUCUUCCUCUGGGAAAUGAGCGCUCCCCGAACCGCUAUCUGAGCCCGGACAUUCCUUUCCCUCAAGAGUGCGAGCGUGGCGCUUGGCGUCUGGACGCCGAGGAGGAGCAGCGGGCUCCGGCGGGGAUCGGCCCGAGCCAAAGGCCUUCAACCUCGGACAGCGAGACGACAGAGGCUCCGGUGGCUCGGAUGGAGACCCAAGAGGCGGUAUCGGAGGGCCCCGGACCGCACCGCCACUUCAUCUGCGCCUCGUUCAACCAGGACACCACCUCUCUGUCCGUGGGCACGAAGGCAGGAUACCGGCUCUUCUCCGUCACAGCUGUGGACAAACUGGACUGUGUCCAUGAGGGAGUGGAAUGCCCAGACGUCUACAUCGUGGAGCGAUUGUUCUCCAGCAGCCUGGUGGUGGUGGUCAGUCUCUCCAUGCCCCGUCGAAUGAAUGUCUACCACUUCAAGAAGGGGACGGAAAUCUGCAACUAUAGCUACUCCAACAACAUCCUGUCGGUGAAGCUGAACAGACAGCGACUUGUGGUGUGCCUGGAGGAGUCCAUCUACAUCCACAACAUCAGAGACAUGAAACUCCUCAAGACCCUGCUCAACACGCCGGUCAACCCAACAGGCCUUUGUGCGCUGUCCGUUAACCAUGGCAACUCCUACCUGGCUUACCCAGGCAGCGCCACCAUUGGAGAGAUCACGGUCUACGACGCCAACAACCUGAGCACGGUGACCCUGAUCCAGGCCCACGACAGCCCGCUGGCGGCCCUGACGUUCAACGCCUCCGGCACAAAGCUGGCCAGCGCAUCUGAGAAGGGUACUGUUAUCAGAGUUUUCAGCGUCCCAGAGGGUCAGAAGUUGUUUGAAUUUCGUCGGGGGAUGAAAAGAUACGUUAGCAUCAGCUCUUUGUCGUUCAGCGCAGACGCUCAGUUCCUGUGCGCUUCCAGCAACACUGAGACUGUUCACAUCUUCAAACUGGAACAACACAGCCCCAGUCAAGAGGAGGAAUCUCCAACAUGGUCAGCAUACGUGGGGAAGAUGUUCACGGCAGCCAGCACCUACCUACCCACUCAUGUGUCUGACAUGAUGCACCAGGACCGCGCCUUCGCCACCGUACGGCUCAACAUGUUCGGCCUGAAGAACAUCUGUGCCCUGGCCACGAUUCAGAAGCUUCCACGGCUGCUAGUUGCGUCCUCAGAGGGUUACCUCUAUGUCUACAAUGUAGAUCCGCAAGACGGAGGCGAGUGUGUCCUUGUUCAAAAACACAGACUCUUUGAAUCGGGUGAGGAGCAGGAGGAGGAGAAGGAAGAGGAGAACCAAGAGGACGGCCCCCAGCAACCCGCCGGCCAAUCAUAUGCUGCCACUGUGGCUCUUCCUUCCACGCCCCCUUCCUCCACCACACUCAUGGGCUACUCUGAAGACGGCGGAGCCCAGAGAGGGGAAGUCAUCCCUGAGCAUGAAUUUGCAGAGGGCCCAAUCUGUCUGGAUGACGAGAACGAGUUUCCUCCAGUCAGCAACCAGAGUAAUUAAUCCAGCGUUUCUCCAACAUCCCCACCGUGCUCCCACAGAAAAACAAAAUAGAUUUACAGAACAGCUACAGUACUAGUUCAAACAGAAAGAAUGGUCCUAUGACUAGAGACUUUGCGACCUUCCUCAAAGCUCACCAUUGACCUUGGAUACCAUGUUAGAGGAUUACUUUGUGCUUGUUCCUGUGUUCAUCUCAUUCUGUAAGAAAGAAGCACUAGGACAUCUCUCAUUAGGAAAACGCCUCCUAAUGUUUUUUUCAGUCAAAACAAUGCCAUAACCAGCAGUGUUAGUUAUUUGCGAACAGUAAGAGACCAUGGCAGAGAAGUAACAUUAUCAUUGUAGCUAAUUCCGUUGAAGAAUGCAGUCUCAUUAAGAACCUUUACAAUUUUUUUUUCCAUUUUAAUUUCAAUGUUUUUUUCUGAAUAUUGCACUUUAUUCUUACAAUUUAAGAAAAAUAGUCCGAUAUUUCAUGUGUUCUUCAGGAGGGAUGCUGGAAGUUUGUAUUUGGUACUAAGCAUAGCCCUUUCAUGCAGCUUAAACUCUAACAAAAAUCAGGUGGUGACUGUUUAGCAGUGCUGCAUGUCACUUUAAAAUGUAAAAAAAGAUUUUGAGCAGACUUUACGGUGCCUGACUCCUGCAGUGUUCAGGUAAGAGGUCGGGUUCGACUCCUUUACACCUCUUGAAAUUUUUCACAUCUUGUCAUUUUGCAGAUGUAACUCGUGAAUAUGCUUUGAUAUAAACAGUGGGGUGCCCAAGACGGCAGGUUUCCUUUUAUCUAAUCAUCAACUCUACUCUUGUCAGAUUUUAUCUCUAGAAAAAUUGUGUCAUUUCGUCAUCUCUUCCCAGCUAUGCCUUACAUGUAGUAAGUAUUCCAGUGGUGGCCACACUUUCACUAAUGCGCUAAUAGUGGAGUUAAUUUUCCACUCAGUGCUUUAGCAUUGAAUGAAUGCUAACUUUGAGUAUGUCUAGCACACUUAGCUUCCCCUAAAAUGCAAUAACAACUCUGACCCUGUUUAGGGCAAUUUACUAUGAUGUAACAUGUGUCAUGGAGGGUAUCAACAUGGUGGAAGCUAGCUCGCUCUAUAGCGUUAGCUUCUGCUAAAUACCAUGUUGGUAUAGCGCUUUAGCCUAAGUGUUUAUGAUUAGUGCUUUAGGGUUAGCUCAGCUAACAUUUUAGCUAGUGGCGCCCACCACUGCUCUUUUCCUUUAAACACAUUGAAGUUUGUAACGUGACAAAAUGUAAACAAUUUUCAAGGGGUGUGAAUAUUUUUGCGAGGCGCCGUAGCUGUGUUGUAGUAAUUAAAAACAGCUCAACCUGACAUGCCACUUUUGUUUAAGAUUCAAAUUGUGAAGGCAUGUGCAAAGUCCAUCUGUGACGUCACACUGGGCCCAUUCCUUUACAGCUCAGUACAACAAGAGUAUUUCCUGACACGAAUUAUCUGAAGUGUUUCCUACAACCUGCCACCAUCCACAAACCUUUUUUUUAUUAUCAGCGUUAGACCCUUUAAGUUUAUUAAAGUUAUUAAAUGUUGCCUCGAAACAGACAAGUAGUGGUCUAAAGAAGGAAAGCAUAGUGUGUAAUACACUAUUUUCAUCAUUACACAUGCCGUACGUAUUACAUUACUAGCAGCUGUGAUGCUAAUCAUGGUAGCAACAGAAGAGACCAGAGACCUGAUAGUAAAUGUGAAAGCGUUAACUCUGAGGACUUGGUGACCAGAUGAUCGGGGCGAAGCUAUACGUCUUUGACUUUCAGUGAUAGCAUUCAAACCUUUUUAAUAAGAAGAUGUUCAGAUGUAACUCAGUUAUUUUUACAUUGAUGUAUUAAACAUUAUUUUGCAAAAGCAUUAUUACACAUCAUCACAUAGACUUACCAUACCUAAUGUAUGUUAAGAAUUUUUACUGUAUGUAUAAUGUGUAAAUAUUAAAUUUCUAUAUAGUACAAGUGUACUAGGUAAUCUGGUAAUUAAACGUGACUUGCCAAAAGA